AUGCGCCAUGUUUUCAAAACCCCAAAACUUAAUCACCUGCACCACCACCACCACAUUCUGACACCAUUCUUCUUCUACUCAACUACCACAUUAUUCCAACAAUGCAGUUCACUCUCCCAUGUCAAAAUUCUUCACCAACACUUAACUAUAAACGGCCAUUUACACCCAUCUUCAAUAUACAUACAAAAACUUAUAAGUCUAUACAUUACAUACAACUCUCCAUCACACGCUAUCUCUCUUUUAUCCCGUUCCGACCAAUCCUCGUCCGCUGUCUAUUUUUGGAACAAGCUCAUUCGGCGUUCCGUCCAUCUCGGUUUGCUCGAAAACUCGCUUGAUGUUUAUUUUCAUAUGUAUUUGCUUAAUUGGAAACCUGAUGGUUAUACAUUUCCUUAUGUUUUUAAGGCGUGUGGCGCGUUAAGGUUGUUGAAUGUCGGCGAGAUGGUUCAUGGGAAUGUUGUGGUUCUUGGGUAUGUUGAGAAUGUUUUUGUUUGUAACGCGAUUGUUGCCAUGUAUGGUCGGUGUGGUGAGUUGGGUUUUGCGCGUAAGGUGUUUGAUGAAAUGUUUGUUAGAGAUGUCGUGUCGUGGAAUUCUGUUGUGGCUGCUUGUGUGCAGUGUGGGGAUUUGAGAAAUGCGGUUGGGUUGUUUUGUAAGAUGACGGGGUUUGAAGACGAGGGAAAUGGGAAGCGGGUUUGUGCUGAUGCUGUAAGCCUUGUUAAUAUUCUUCCCGUGUUGGCUUCAGGUCGUGCGUCUAUGAAAGGAAAAGAAGUUCAUGCUUACGCGUUGAAAAGUAGAGUUAUUGAGGAUUUGUUUGUUGGAAAUGCUGUGGUGGACAUGUAUGCGAAAUGUGAGAUGAUGGAUGAUGCGUAUAAAGUUUUUGAGCGGAUGGAAGUGAAGGAUGUUGUUUCUUGGAAUGCGAUGGUUACUGGGUACUCACAAAUUGGUAGAUUUGAAGAUGCGCUUUGUUUGUUUGAGAGAAUGAAAGGGGAAAAGAUUGAGUUAAAUGUGGUAACCUGGAGUGCUGUGAUUGCAGGUUAUGCUCAAAGAGGUUAUGGACAUGAAGCGCUUAACAUUUUUAGGCAAAUGUUGGUUUCUGGCUCUGAGCCAAAUGUCGUCACACUUGUUUCAUUACUAUCGGGUUGUGCUUGUGCUGGGACACUAAGUCAGGGGAAGGAGAUUCAUUGUUAUGCCAUGAAAAAGAUUUUCGAUACAAAAAAGAAUGACUUAGAAGAUGAACAAAUGGUGAUCAAUUCUUUAAUUGACAUGUAUGCCAAAUGCAAGGCAGGCGAUCUUGCACGUAAGUGUUUUGAUUCUGUUGCUCCGAUUAAUAGAAAUGUAGUCACUUGGACGGCCAUGAUUGGUGGGUAUUCUCAACACGGUGAUGCCAAUGAUGCAUUGAAACUGUUUUCAGAUAUGUUUAAACAAAACAAACCCACUAUGCCAAAUGCUUUCACAAUAUCUUGUGCCCUAAUGGCAUGUGCUCGUCUUGCUGCUUUACGACCUGGUAAGCAAAUUCAUGCUCAUGUCCUCCGUAACAGAUAUGCAAAAUCUGAUGUGUUAUUUGUUGAGAAUUGUCUUAUCGACAUGUAUGUUAAAUCGGGUGAUGUUGAUGUGGCACGUGUUGUAUUUAAUAAUAUGAAACAAACAAAUGCUGUAUCAUGGACAUCUCUAUUGACUGGGUACGGAAUGCAUGGUCGUGGCUCAGAGGCUAUUGACCUCUUUGACGGGAUGAGAAAGGCAGGUCUCCCCAUUGAUGGUGUGACAUUUGUUGUUGUACUUUAUGCUUGUAGUCACUCUGGUUUAGUUGAAAAAGGUUUGGACUAUUUUGACUCUAUGACACGGGAGUUUGGGAUUGUUCCUGGGGUUGAACAUUAUGCCUGCAUGGUGGAUCUACUGGGCCGAUCUGGCCAGUUAGAGAAAGCUAUGGAGGUCAUCAAAGAAAUGCCUAUGGAACCCAGUCCAGUAGUGUGGGUGGCGUUACUUGGUUCUGCGAGGGUCCAUACCAAUGUAGAAUUAGGGGAAUAUGCUUCGACUAAGUUGUUAGAAUUAGGGUGUGAGAAUGAUGGAACAUACACACUUCUUUCAAACAUAUAUGCCAAUGCUAGGCGCUGGAAAGAUGUAGCUAAAGUUCGGUAUUUGAUGAAACAUACAGAGGUUUGGAAGAGACCCGGGUGUAGUUGGAUUCAGGGGAAAGCAGACACUGCAACAUUCUAUGUUGGAGAUAAAACUCACCCAUUGACCGAAGAGAUAUAUAAUCUUCUUGAUGAGUUGAUGCAUAAGAUUAAAGCCCUUGGUUAUGUUCCUGAUACAAGUUUUGCGCUCCAUGAUGUGGAUGAUGAAGAGAAAGGUGAUCUUCUUGUAGAACACAGCGAAAGGUUAGCACUUGCCUAUGGGAUAUUAACAACAGCACCUGGUGUACCCAUUAGGAUCACAAAAAACUUGCGUAUUUGUGGUGACUGUCACAUUGCCAUCAUGUACAUAUCUAAAAUUAUUGAUCAUGAGAUAAUUUUGAGGGAUACCAGUCGCUUCCAUCAUUUCAAGAACGGAUACUGCUCCUGCAAAGAUUUUUAUUGAAGAAAAUGCAAAUGUGUACCUACAUGGCUACAUGAUAUAUUGGCUGUAUCCAAACUGCUAAUGAAAAACUACAUCAAGUGGUGCAUGCAGUUAGCAACACACAUAACCAAAGACCGCUCGGCUGUUAGAACAACAAAAAUGUUGCUCUGUUUGUUAUUUGGCUGCUAAAUUUGAGAAAUAUUUAGAUUCUGCUGCUGCUAAAUCACAUGACAAUGGUUUUCUCCUUUGGAGGUUUGCAUGAUGCUAAUGUGCAUUUUUAUCUUUUAAUAUGAAAACCACAUUUUUUAGAUAAUGGGAAAUGUUUUCUCAUGAGGAACAGGCUAAACUCCAGGAUGUGACUUGUUUGGAGAAACAUGUUAUAUAUCAAGAACCCCACAGAUGCACUCGAAUUAAGUAGAGGACGUGUGGAAGGUAUAAACAGAAAUGAUGUAGCGGAGGCUAUUUCUGUGGUUAGUUUCUGAUAUAGAUCAUAAGUUACAGCAGAUUGAAAGCAGAAAGAAAGUCGGGGGGGUUAAGUGUCGUUUUUAAUAAUUAGUUAGUUAAUUAUAGUAAUGUCUUGGUGGACAAGUUAGGUCUUAACUUGUCCUUCUUUAAAUAAGGCUGAAAGCCAAUUGUUUAGGGUAUGGAGAUUAUUAUUAUUGUUCUUAGGAACUAGGGCUGCUGGGGCAUUAAUCCAGAUAGGGCCACUGGGGCAUUAAUCCAGAUUAUCUAUCGAUUGUCUUCUCUUUUUCUUAUUUUCUGUUUUAUUCUUAUUGUGUUGCUACUUUCGGGUCUGAUACACAUCAAUUGGUAUCAGAGCAAUCUUUCCUGCAACCUGUGGUAGUAAAAAAAAAAAAAAUACAGUUCAUCGUGCGAACUGUUCACCGCGUUACUGUUCGUCCAGAAAAGUUACUGUUCCUCGUGUUACUGUUCAUUCGGGGGGAAAAAUCAGCGGGCAACAUGAAAUCUGCCUUGGAAAAGAUCAUGGCUAUUAGCCAAGAGGGUACUGUUGAAGAAUAUUGCCUUUCGUUUCAAAUCUUAUUCGAUCAAGUUAAAAAUCUAGAAGAAAUUUCUGAGAUCUACGCUAUAUAUCUAUUCAUCUAUGGUUUAGAUACUGAAAGCAAGGAGAUAUUUGUUAAAUGGCAUCAAUAUAGCUGCUCUAAGUUGAAAGAUGUGAUGUCAUUGGCUUUGGAAAUUGAUUCUCAUGGUUUGCAAGAUUCAUUCUCUCCUUUUGAUCCUACUUCUUCUCUUUAUAAAGAAGAUUCGGAGUUUGAUUUAAAAAAAGAAGAGAACAAGGCUGUUUUUAGUGCUGGAGUUGAAGAUGUGGACGUCACUGAAGGUACAAAAUCAUGUCAAGAAAUCAGUAUGGAGCUCGAGAAAGAAACCACGGUGUCUGUUAAACUGGUGGUGGUGGAAGAUAUACGUGAAGACUGUGCCAAACUAGUAGAUGUUUGUGAUCGUAGUGCUAUAAAGCAGAACAGAUAUAUGAUUCUGUAGUAAAGUGUUCUAAUAAACUGCUUUGGGGUUGGUUACUUGGGACAAAGACAACAGCAGCGGAGACCUUUAAGGAGAAACCUAUUGCAACCGAUCAAAAACAGGAGUUACUAGAAAAGAAAUUUUGUUGCAAAGGCGGUGGAAGAGAAGUUCAUUUUGAUACUGACUUCCCAUGGGAUCCCGGAAUUACUCAAGGCUAUUUUUUAAAGCAACACCUUGAGGACAAGGUGUUUUUGGGGAUGGGAGUAAUGAUAUAGAUCAUAAGUUACAGCAGAUUGAAAGCAGAAAGAAAGUCGGGGGGGUUAAGUGUCGUUUUUAAUAAUUAGUUAGUUAAUUAUAGUAAUGUCUUGGUGGACAAGUUAGGUCUUAACUUGUCCUUUAAAUAAGGCUGAAAGCCAAUUGUUUAGGGUAUGGAGAUUAUUAUUAUUGUUCUUAGGAACUAGGGCUGCUGGGGCAUUAAUCCAGAUAGGGCCACUGGGGCAUUAAUCCAGAUUAUCUAUCGAUUGUCUUCUCUUUUUCUUAUUUUCUGUUUUAUUCUUAUUGUGUUGCUACUUUCGGGUCUGAUACACAUCAGUUUCAUGAUUCUUUGUAGCUUUCCCUGUAAUUGAUGUGUACUGUUUAAAUAUUCAUAUCUGCAUCCCAUCAUUAUAGGUUGAAGCAUUAGCUGUUCACUGUUAGAGUGAGAGAGUUAAUUUAAGAAAAGGCUGAGGUUGAUAUACCAGCAAGUUUUCUGCAGCAGGCUUCAGGAGAUGCUAAAAAGCUUGUUGGUGAAGAAAGUGCUUUUGCACGGACUGAGAUUGAGAACGCCAGCUCUGCAGUUCAGAGAGUGGAAGUAGCUCUUCAGGAACAAGAAAGAAUGUCCCGUGCUUCUGGAACUCAGAAAGGAACGUGAUGAAAGAGAACCAGAGGGAAUGGCUCUUUAUUGAUGGCCAUAAAGUCCGGCAAAAACAAAAUGCUGGAAACAGGAUUAGACUCCUGCGUACUUGAAAGAAUCAAAAGAUAUUGGAUGAUGGAGAUGUUGCUAUAAUGCUAAAUACUGGGAUGAUGAUACCAACCACAAAAAAUCGUACUAGCUUUUAACAGGUAAAUUCUUGUAUUGUAAUGACUGAUUUGCAGACACAUUAACUUAAGAAGGGCUUGAUGUUAUGAAA